GGCCACCUGGCAGCGCCUGGCUACCGUAAAUUGCUGCCCGCACAGACCGAGACUUGGAGAUGGUGGCAAAUUGGUGCUGCCUGAGCUCAGUUGUGCAUGGCUUUACAGAAGCAUGGCGUCACGAGUCCUUGCUUUGUUUCUUACAGCGGCUGCUGCUGCCCCUGACAAGAGGUUUGCUGUUCGGCGGUGGUUGCUUCUGCAGAGACUGGAGAGGAUCCUUUCGACACUUGUUUUAAAGGACCCCCAGACCAAGAAGGAGGCCAAGACCUGGCUAGUCACCAGCAUUGCCAAGCUGAAUCCUCCAGCCCCCUCUGAAAUAGCAGCAUUCCUCUCAUUUCUCCCAAAGCCCAGCCGCCGCGGCAGCUCGCACAGCAGAAUUACGGAUGCCCCCGAGGCCUUUGUGCUCCACCAGCUGGCGCUCCUGCUAUGCGAAAACCGCAUUACGGCGCCCAGGCUGGCAAGGCUGCUGUCAAGGGACGUCGAUAUGAAAAAGCGGUUUUUUUCAAGGGAUGAUCGGCGCAUCGAGGCAUGGUUUAGCCACUUUGCAGCCGCCGUGGACGGAGAACAUUCUUUUGGUUCAAAAGCGCUCGCACGCUAUUCUCUCCGCUACCGCGACGAGUGCUGGGAGGAACUAGAGUGGGCGGGAAGUCACCCGCAGGCCCCGGGGAUGGUUGCCACAAAGCCGCACUACUUCUCUGAGUUGGACGUGGUGCGUACCGUCCGCAACUUUCUGAAGCAUGUGCCCGACUUUUGGACCUCCGACGACUGGCGGGACUGCGUUUCUUGCGGCGAGUUUUUGGCGCUCGAUCCCGACUUCUUCGCUAAAACGGCGAUUGACUUUCUGGUUGCAAAAUCUAGAAAGGGGUCCCCGGACGACGAGGUUCGAGAGGAGGAGUACGUGCGGGGAAAGCUGUUGGAGAUACUUGAGGACUUUCUUCGGGAGGAGUCAUUCCCCACCUUGUGCCAGCGGCUCCUCCAUCUGGCCUCCCCCGAAGGCCUUCUUUCCUUUCUGGAACGUCUCCAAGAGAGUGCCCCCAUCAAUCGGUCACGUGACCCGCAACUGGCGGCCGUUACUGACGUCAAGUGGCGCAGCCUGGACGAUGCGCUGCUGUGCAACGCGUGCGCAGCGAAUGGCAGGCAGGUCGUGCGCCUCCUGACAGACGACGAGUUUUUGGAGCAACGGACGGACCUCGAUGCGCUCGUUUCGGAAGCCAGUACGUCAGGCGAGGAGGCGGAGUUCCGGUCGUUUCGCUCGGAGCUGCGGAACCGCUCAAGGGCAACGGAACGGAAGUGGCUGAUCCUGGAGUCUUGGCUGCUGCGCUGGCGACUGUCCCAAGUCUCCGAGCCAGAGGCGAUGCAGAGGAUCCUUGAAGACAACGGGGUAGCUUUUAGAACGUUCGUGGACGUGAAUCGGGAGCUUUUGCCCGAAAGCAGCGGCGAGGAAGCAACGCGGAGUAACGAGCGCAAACGGACACGGCGGGGCCGGAAGCGGCGGAAACGGAAAAGCGGAACCCAUUCGUCCGACAGCGACUCGUCUGAGAAGAGCGAACGAAACUCUCACAGUGAAUCUGACGUCGAAACGCGCCAUAGAAAAGAAAGGCGCCCAAAAAGCGCUGAGGGAGGUGGUGAGAUCGAACGGAAAGGCCGGGGAAGCACCGAUGGAGCAGAUGGCGGAACGGAUGGAACGGACGGAACGAGGACGCUGGCGGGCGCUGACGGGGUGUAUCUUCAGACGGACGGAUUUUCGUUCCGCUGGAGUUUGUCGGAGCUUCCCGACCAUCUGGCGGAGCACAGUCUGGCGGUCUGGUUGGGCUGGAAAGACUGGGAAGUAACGCCGGCGGCGAACCCGGGGCCGCCACGUGGAAGCUGAGGAGAGACGCGGCGCUUAGAUGCACACUUUGGUGGGCGUUGUAACACUUAUUUGAGCGGAUCCGCAGACCCAACGUAAUCGGACCUUAGUCGAUCUCAAUAUUAGAAUCCUCGAGCUUCUUAUGCCGGCAUCUCUGGGUGGGAACUAGCGGGUGGGAACUAGCACGUUCGGGCUUUAGGCUUCCCUGUGACAUUCAUUUCAUGCUCGAAGUAUGCACGAGUGAUCAUGCCAUAUGCUCGUGGUAACAACAUCUGUCGGUCUUUUCUCGCAC